AUGGCCUGGAACACCGACCUGCGCUGGCGGCUGCCGCUCGCCUGCCUGCUGCUGCAGGUGGCCCUGGUGGUGCUCUUCGGCGUGUUCGUGCGCUACGACCCGGACGCCGACGCCCACUGGGUCGCGGAGAAGCGCUCCCGGAACGUCUCCAGCGACCUGGACAACGAGUUCUACUACCGCUACCCGAGCUUCCAGGAUGUGCACGUGAUGAUCUUCGUGGGCUUCGGCUUCCUCAUGACCUUCCUGCAACGCUACGGCUACGGCGCGGUGGGCUUCAACUUCCUGCUGGCAGCCUUCGGCAUCCAGUGGGCGCUGCUCAUGCAGGGCUGGUUCCACUCCUAUCGACAGGGCUACAUUUUCGUGAGCGUGGAGAACCUCAUCAAUGCUGACUUCUGUGUGGGCUCCGUCUGUGUGGCCUUUGGGGCGGUCCUGGGCAAAGUCAGCCCUGUGCAGCUGCUCCUCAUGACCCUCUUCCAAGUGACCCUGUUCGCAGUGAACGAGUUCAUUCUCCUCAGCCUGCUGGCGGUGAAGGAUGCAGGGGGCUCCAUGACCAUCCACACGUUCGGUGCCUACUUCGGGCUCACGGUGACGUGGAUCCUCCAGCGGCCCAACCUCCACCAGAGCAGACAGAGGCAGGGUGCCGUGUACCACUCGGACCUCUUUGCCAUGAUCGGCACCCUCUUCCUGUGGAUGUACUGGCCCAGCUUCAACUCAGCCGUGUCUAACCACGGGGAUGCCCAACACCGAGCUGCCAUCAACACCUACUGCUCCCUGGCUGCCUGCGUGCUGACCACAGUGGCGCUGUCCAGCGCUCUGCACAAGAAGGGCAAGCUGGACAUGGUGCACAUCCAGAACGCCACGCUGGCGGGCGGGGUGGCCGUGGGCACCGCUGCCGAGAUGAUGCUCAUGCCCUACGGUGCCCUCAUCGUUGGCUUUAUCUGCGGCAUCAUCUCCACACUGGGCUUCGUGUACCUGACGCCAUUCCUGGAGUCGCGGCUGCGGAUCCAGGACACCUGUGGCAUCCACAACCUGCACGGCAUGCCCGGCAUCGUGGGCGCCAUCGUGGGGGCCGUGACGGCUGCCUGUGCCAGCAGCGCGGUGUACGGAGAGGAGGGGCUGGCCCAUGCCUUUGACUUCGACAGUGCCAAGGCGAACUGGAACGCGAGCCUGCAAGGCAAAUUCCAGGCUGCCGGCCUCUUUGUGUCACUGGCCAUGGCCCUGGUGGGCGGCAUCCUUGUGGGGCUCAUUUUGAAGCUGCCAGUGUGGGGACAAGCGGCAGAUGAGAACUGCUUUGAGGAUGCCAUCUAUUGGGAGAUGCCUGAGAGCACUGCCUUCCACCCUGAGGACCCCACCCUCAAGCCCUCAGAACCUUAAGCUCCCGCAGCAGGUGAGAGCAGGUUCCGCAGACUGUCCCAGUGGACACAGGUGCUCAGCAUGCUGGGAAAACAGCACCCCCUGCUGGCCCAGGCGCCACGGCACCCCAGCCUCCUUCCCUUCUGUCCCCCUCCUCUGGAGACAACUGGGUGUCCCCUCCAGGUGCUGCUGCUGUGCCUUGGUGGCCACACGGUGAGGA